AUGAAUAAAGGUUUCGAUUAUUUAUUUAAAUUAUUGGUCAUUGGGGAUGAUGGUGUUGGUAAGUCUUGUUUCAUAAAUAGAUCAUGCAAAGACACCUAUACAGAGGGCUUUAUUUCUUCACUUGGAGUGGACUUUUUAAUUAAAAUGGUAGAGUUAGAUGGGCUUUGUUUUAAAGUGCAGAUAUGGGAUAUGCCAGCUCGCGCAUGUUUCAGGAAUAUAAGGAUACCAUAUUGGCAAAGUAAUGGGGUUUUUAUUUUUUUCGAUUUAACAGACAGAGGUUCAUAUGAAGAUUCAAAGAAAUGGCGUCAAGAGGUUGAAAGAUAUGCAAGAGACAAUGUGGUUGCAGUUUUGGUAGGUGCAAAACUAGAUUUGGUCGAACUCAAUAGUUCAUUAAGAGCUGUAGAUUAUAAUGAAGCAAAAGAUUAUGCAGAAUCUCUUGGUAUAGAAUAUAUAGAGUGUUCAAGUAAAUAUGAAAUAGAUGUAGAAAAGUGUAUUCAAAAUAUGGUCCUAAAAAUCUAUAGUAAUUCAUUGGAAGAGGAAACAACUUUUGUCCCUAUAAAACAAAUAAAGCCUAAAAAAGAAACAUGUAUUAUUAAUUAA